CCUGCACUCUAGCUGAACACAUCAACUCAAUCAACUAUAUCAUUAUUUGAUGGGAUACGGAAUAUAUUACCAAUCAUGUUGCCUCGAAUUAAAACUCUAGGACUAUCUGUAUAAGAGCCAAUCAAUCAGAUCGAUCGCGACCCUAUUAUAUUCAAGUAGUCGGCCUAUUUCAGAAAUUAUUCGAAAGGAAAUGGUGGGAAGCUCGGCUUCUUCUGGAUAGUCAAAGCUAUGGCUGUCCUGAACUUUACAUUGAGCGAAGAAGGCGUCAAUGCUCUGAGAGAUGCAUUAUCAUGCCUCGGUAAAUUUAGUGAAGAAGUUUCUCUCGAGGCUAAGAAGGAUACGCUAGUAUUCACCACUCUAAAUCUCUCCAAGUCGGCAUAUGCAUCCUUCUCCUUUCAAGCUAGACGUUUCUUCUCCAAGUACCAUUUUGAAGGUGUGCCUCAGAACCGCGAAAAGUUUUUUUGCAAGUUGUACAAUCGGGCUCUGCUGUCUCUAUUCAGAGCUAGGAGCGGCGAUAGUGGACAUGACAGAGAGAAGGACACGGUUAUUGAACACUGCGAUGUCGCCAUCGUAGACGAACCCGGCAAGAAAAGUCGGUUCAUCGCCAAGAUCGUCUUCCGAAAUGGAAUCACAACUAAAUACCGUCUUCCCUUCGAAGUCACUCCACCAGUCCACGCCAAAUUUGAUAGGGACCAAGCAAUAAACCAUUGGUCUAUUCCAUCUCGAACACUGCGACAGCUCAUGGACCACUUUGGUCCCGGAAUAGAAUAUCUCGAUAUUCAUUCAGAAGACGACGAUACGGUCAGCUUCACAUGUUUCACCGAGAAAGUUAAAAACGGCGAGGAAGUGCUGAAAAAGCCGCUCCACACGUCUAUUGCUGUCGAACGAGAUGAGUUCGAGGAUUUCGUCGUCGAAGAGGAUAAGUUGCAUAUCGUCAUCAGCGUCAAAGACUUUAGAGCAAUCAUCCAGCAUGCGGGAUUCAUCGGUUGCCCAAUUUCAGCGUACUAUUCGAUCCCGUCCAAGCCUUUGCAAUUCAAGUAUGAAGGUGAUGGAAUCGGCUGUGAAUUCCUUCUAAUGACGGUUGGCGAAAGAGGCGCACCCGGCCAGAAGGCCAAGAAGACCCGCGGUGGUGCUAAAGGGGCGAAGCCGCCUCAGCUCGAGGCUUCUACUAGUAGAGCCGCAUCACAUGCAUCUACACCGGCGCCUCGUAUACCUCCCCCCAAAUCACAGGGGCCACGAGUCGAUCCUGUUCCUUCUCUGAGACCACCGAUUACCCGUCCUUCUCAACGACCACCUCCGGCCACAAUGCAAUCCGAGUCUCUCUUCGUGCCUCAAGAUGACGAACAACAGUGGGAUCCUGUGAAUGUCGGCGAAGAUGAAGACGAGGAAGAAAAUGCCCGUCUUGAGUGGGAUGUCAGUGGAGAUUUUAACCGAGACCAACCAGCCACGAAUAGAAGAAAUAUGAUGGCAGAUCAGAACACCCAGAGACCGAGUACCAAUGACGCGACUGAACCCCCUCCUUAUCAUCUUGAACCGACACAACGACUCUCGCAAGUUCGUAAAUUUGGCUUCUUUAAUGAUUAGCGGGCUAUGCAGGUACAUAGGGUCCUUACGACUCAUUUUGUUGUGGGCGAGUACCUGGA